UCUUACCUUUAAGAAUAAUUUAUUUAUUUAUUUGGAACGAUUCAAGAAUAAUUUAUAAGAGAAGAAAUCGAAUGGAUUGGAUGAACUCGGAAGAAGCAGUAACAAGCUAUUUAUUGAAGCUGCAAAAGAAAAGAUGAAAAAGGGUGGGGAAAAUUCGAAGAAAUGAAGAAACAGGCUGUUAUUGAAGUAUGAUUUGUUUAUUCAAUCGCUGCUGUGUUUAAAUACACAGUAGAGAUCCCACCCACCCCUUCACUUUGUCUCUCUCUCUCUCUUAACUGCUCAGAUCCAGAACUCAUAUUAUUACCAUUCUACCCCUCCCAUGGCGUACUCGUUCCCGGAGAAAGUUUUGAAGCACGUGUUCUCGUUCCUGAGCUCCGAUAGAGACCGGAACGCCGUGUCGUUGGUGUGCAAGUCGUGGUACGAGAUCGAGCGGUGGAGCCGCCGGCGCGUAUUCGUGGGGAACUGCUACGCCGUGUCGCCGGAGAUGGUGAUCCGGCGGUUUCCGGAGGUGAGGGCGGUGGAGAUUAAGGGGAAGCCGCAUUUCGCGGACUUCAAUCUGGUGCCGGAAGGGUGGGGCGGGUACGUGUACCCGUGGAUGGCGGCGAUGGCGGAGGCGUAUCCGUUCCUGGAGGAGAUGAAGCUGAAGCGCAUGGUGGUGACGGACGAGAGCUUGGAGCUCAUCUCCAAGUCGUUUAAGAAGUUGGAAGUGCUGGUGCUGUCGUCUUGCGAGGGUUUCACCACCGACGGUCUCGCCUCCAUUGCUGCUAACUGCAGGCAUCUGAGGGAACUAGAUUUGAGUGAGAGUGAAGUAGAGGAGCAGAGUGGGGAUUGGCUUACCCAUUUUCCUGAUAGCUUCACUUCUCUGGUGUCACUCAACAUGUCUUGUAUAUAUUCCGAGGUAAGUUUCUCGGCCUUGGAGCGACUGGUUGCACGUUCCCCUCACCUGAGGACUCUCCGGCUGAACCGCGGUGUGCCCCUUGAGAAGCUCGCUAGUCUGCUUCGCCUUGCACCCCAAUUAGUUGAAUUAGGCACCGGUGCCCUUUCAGCUGAAUUUCAAUCCCAUACAUUUUCUGAGCUUGCUGAUGCAUUUUCAGCCUGUAAGCAACUCAAGGCUUUGUCUGGAUUUUGGGAUGUCGUUCUCUCUUAUCUUCCAGCUGUGUAUUCUGUCUGUUCCGGAAUCACUUGGCUGGAUUUAAGCUAUGCUGCCAUUCCUGGUUCUGAUCUUGUCAAGCUUAUUAGCCAAUGCCAGAAUUUGCAGCGUCUAUGGGUUUUGGACUACGUCGAAGACAGUGGACUUGAAGCUAUUGCUGCAUCUUGCAAGGAUCUGCAACAACUUAGCGUCUUCCCUUCGGUAGAACCUAACGUGGCUUUGACGGAACAAGGGCUUGUAUUUGUCUCCGAAGGCUGCCCCAAGCUUGAAUCUGUUCUUUACUUUUGCCGCCAGAUGUCAAAUGCUGCAUUGAUUGCUAUUGCAAGGAAUCGUCCUAACUUGAUUCGGUUCCGCCUCUGUAUCAUUGAGCCUUACGCUCAUGACUACUUAACCGACGAACCACUUGAUGCUGGUUUUGGGGCCAUUGUGGAGAAGUGUAAGGAACUGCGCCGGCUUUCCAUAUCCGGCCUCCUCACUGAUCUCGUCUUCAAAUAUAUUGGGACCCAUGCCAAGAAAUUGGAGAUGCUUUCGAUAGCCUUUGCUGGGGAUAGUGAUUUGGGGCUCCACCACUUGUUAUCUGGUUGCGACAGCCUCCGGAAACUGGAGAUAAGGGACUGUCCAUUUGGGGACGAGGCUCUCUUGGCCAAUGCUGCAAAGCUGGAGGGAAUGCGAUCCCUUUGGAUGUCGUCUUGCUCUGUGAGUUUCGGAGCUUGUAAGCUGCUCGCACAGAAGAUGCCUCGGCUCAACGUUGAGGUGAUAGACGAGAGAGGCCCACCCGAUUCAAGGCCUGAAAGCUGCUCUGUCGAGCGACUCUAUGUCUACCGCACUGUUGCUUCCAGGCCAAGGCUUGACAUGCCUCACUUCGUCUGGACUCUGGAUCAGGAUUCAUCCCUCGCACAUUCCUUGGCCAAAAAUUUGCAGCUCCGUGAUUGAAUUGAAUCUUGCCUUAUGGGCGAAGCAGGUACGCCUUGUUUUGUUUCAGCAAUGGUCUGUGUGAAUGCAGAUUGCCAUUCAAACCACAAGAUGCAGCUAUCUACCUAUAUAAUGCAACUAGUUACGAAUAAAGGAUGCAGCCUUUUAUGUUGUUUAUUUAUGUAAUACUCGUCACGGAUUUAUGUUUAUUUUCAAGCUUCAACUUCUCAUACUCGUGUGCUUCAUUUGCUAAUCAUAUUUUGAUGAUAACUUGUGUUGUUUCUA